UUCCAGUUGAUUGAUUCCGGAGGUUCAGGCUCUGUUUAUGCAACUGCAUUCAAGAUGCACAGAGAAUGCGACACGCUGGCAAUCAAAGUACUACGGAACAAGAAUGCGGAUACCACUGUCGAACUACCCAACGAAUUCCAAAUUAUGCGCGGUUUAAAGCACAACCAUAUCGUCGCUUUUGUGGGCACAUUUUCCCGGAAAGGCCAAUUUGCAGUGCUUAUGUAUCCUAUGGCUAUAUGGAAUCUUGCAGAGUAUCUCAAGGAUGCGUCAGAAGGGAAUAUUCCUCAUUACGGAGAAAAACCCCACCAAUGGAAAACUCUGCUGACAGCAUUUGGCUGUCUCUCAUCUGCAGUUAGAUAUCUCCACAUGUCACGGAAGAUCAAACAUAAGGACAUCAAACCAGAGAAUAUCCUAGUCGAUAGAUACGGAUCUGUUCUACUAGCUGAUUUCGGUAUCUCGAAGCAGUAUGAGAAUGAAACCAUAACGGGGGGUGAGACACCAUUCACUAACAAGUACGCCCCGCCGGAAGUGGUAGAUCAAGACAAACGCGGUCUCUCUUCAGACAUAUUUUCCCUCGGCUGCGUCUUCCUGGAAAUGGCA